CUGUCGCUGUGGCCGCCAUCUUGCUGGCGGUCAUUUUGUCGAGCAUACUAUGCACAGGUCUGCUCAGACGAGACACAGGUGAUGAUUCUGCAACCUCUCGAGAAGAGGGGUGCUCUGAUGCAGAACUCAGAGAUCCGAUCACCAAAUGCAGAUGUGUCGAGAGAGGUUUCGGGACUGAGUUAGACCGCACGGCAUGCCUGAGAGGAGGAGGAGUCAAGCAUGUUGCCUGCUCCCCAGAAGAAAUAGAGGAUCUGUCAGUGAAGUGUGCAUGCGUCCAGAAAGGGUACGGCACACCCGAGGACAGAACGCAGUGCUUGCGACUCACAGCUGACCGGGAUAAGCAUGAGAGUACUGCACUACAUGUGGCUCCCUCAGCCGCACGACACCCGCUUCGCUCAGAGAAUAGCAUUAAUGGUUUACGAAGAAAACGAAGCACCAAGACACUUCCGAGGCAACAGGACAGGAUGCGCUGCAUAACGCUCACCAGUGAAGGUGGCGGUCGGGCUGAUUGUGUGCCAGGAACGACCUUUAUGAUUGAGUGCAACAAGUGUAUUUGUAGUCAGUGCGGCAGACGUGCGUACUGCACCAAAAAAAACUGCCGGAAACUUCUAGAUGAUGCGUGUGUACCUGGAAGUGUGACCAAAGUAGAAUGCAACACUUGUAUCUGCAGUGCUCACGGAAGGUGGGCGUGUACGCAGAAGCUAUGCCACGGAUUCAAAUAUGAAGAAUGCGGACCCAGAACAAUACUGAAGGGACUUGGCGACAUGGCAGCUAAUCAGACGUGUAUUCCAGGCACGUCAUUCAGGAUCGGAUGUGAGCGGUGCUACUGCUCACACGAUGGUGUAUCGGCUGUGUGUGGCCGUCCACCCUGCAACGGUAUCAAAGGGGUGCUAGUUCCACUGGACAAGAAACAUCCACCUGAAGAAGGUGGUCCAGGACAUGAUGCAUGUGAAUGUGAAGUUCCAGGAGGAGUUGGAGGUGGAGGUGCAGGUGGAGAUGGUGGUGGAGUUGGAGGUGGAAGUGGAGGUGCAGGUGGAGGUGGAGUUGGAGGUGCAGGUGGAGAUGGUGGUGGAGUUGGAGGUGGAAGUGGAGGUGCAGGUGGAGGUGGAGUUGGAGGUGGAAUUGGAGGUGGAGGAGGAGUUGUAGGUGGAGGUGGAGGUGGAAGUAUAGUUGUAGGUGGAGGUGGUGGUGGAGUUGUAGGUGGAGGUGGAGUAGGAGGUGGAGGUGGAGGUGUGGUUGGAGGCAGUGGUGGAGUUGGAGGUGGAAGUGGAGGUGGAGUUGGAGGUGGAGGUGGGGUUGGAGGUGGAGGUGGAGUUGGUGGCGGAGUUGGAGGUGGAGGUGGAGUUGGUGGUGGAGUUGGAGGUGGAGUUGGAGGUGGUGGUGGUGGAGGUGGAGGUGGAGGUGGAGGUGGAGGUGGAGGUGGAGGUGGAGGUGGAGGUGGAGGUGGAGGUGGAGGUGGAGGUGGAGGUGGAGGUGGAGUUGGAGGUGGAGGCGGAGGUGGUUGGGGAUCUGCAGGUGGAGGUGGAGGGGGAGGUGGAGGUGGUGGUGGAGGUGGAGGUGGUGGUGGAGGUGGAGGGGGAGUUGCAGGAGGAGGUGGUUGGGGAGGUGGAGGUGGAGGUAUAGUUGGAGGUGGAGGUGGAUUUGGAGGUGAAGGCGGAGGUGUAGGAGGUAUUGGAGGUAGUGGUGGAGUUGGAGGUGUAGGUGGAGGUGGAGGUGGAGUAGGAGGUGGGGUUGGAGGUGGAGGGGGAGUUGUAAGUGGAGGUAUAGGUGGCAUUGUGGGUGGAAGUGAAGAUUCGUUUGGAGGUGGAGGUGUAGGUGGCGGAGAUAGUGGAGGUGGAGGUGGAGGUGCAAAUGGAGGUGGGGGUGGCGGUGGAGGUGGAGGGGGAGGUGGAGGGGGAGGCGGAGGUGGUGGAGGUGGAGGUGGAGGUGGAGGUGCUUCAGUACAUGGAGGUGGAGGUGGAGGUGGAGGUGGAGGUGGAGGUGGAGGUGGAGGUGGAGGUGGAGGAGGAGGUGGAGGUGGAGGUGGAGGUGGCUGGGGAUGGGGAGGGGGAGGUAGUUGGGGAGGUGGAGGUGGAGGAUGGGCCCCACCUAGAUCUGGAGAAAGGCAUGACAGUUCCACAUGA